GUUUGCAUCCUUCUCGAAUUUGUUUUGUUGAUGUUGUGCGAGCGCUUCUUCCGUCAUCCGGCUCUCCGCGCGGAAUCGGCUUCUGUGCGGUUCAUCGAACAUCCUGUGGGGCUAAAAAUAGCCCUCGUUCGUUUUACAAACAACAAUGCCAACGCAGAAGAAAAAGGCCAAACACCAGGAAGCCGUCAAACCGUCGGCGGCGACGGUCCCCACUGCUGUCCAAAUCAAAUCGGAACCGCUGGACAUAAAACCGCUGAGCGCGUUCGUGGACGAUCGGGUUGAGCUGAUUCGGCAGGCCUUCAUGUGCCUGAAGCCGAAAGAGAUUACCUGUCUGGCGCCGGACGGCCUCCAGGGCAAGUCGAUCGAGUUCAUCCAGGAGCAGUGUCUGGACGAGGUUCUUGGUAUUUCAACGAAGCGGCUGCUCUCGAUCAUCAACAGCACCCAGUGUCCGACGGAUACGGACUCGUCGGACGAUGAGGAGGAACAGACCGUCGAACACAUCUCGCUGGACGAAAUCUCGUCGGAUUCGGAGGUUGAGGUGAAACCGCAGGUUAAAUCGAAGAAGGCAGCUAAGAAGCUGAAGGGCGCAGAUGGAAAAAAGACCGGAACUUCAACGGCGGCCGCCAGCAAAAACGGUGACAAGAAGAGUGAAAAGGAAAUGACCGUCCUGGAGCUGCUGGAACUGCAAGCACGCGCCCGUGCGAUCCGCUCACAACUGGCCCAAGAACCGGUCACUAAAAUCGAGCUCGACUCCGACGAGGAAGCUGACAAGGUAGCACCGACGAGCAAGAAACCGACCACCAAUAGCGUCCCGCCAGCGGAUGCCGCCAAGCCGUCGUCCAAAAGCAGCAAGACCACUUCGCCGGCCAAGAACCAGCCGAAGCGGGUUCGCCUGAAGCGUAAUUUCCGCGUGCGUCAGGUUGGCGACGAAGAACCACCCGAAGAAGACGGUGAGCAACAAGCUGCCGAACAGGUGCAGAAGAGCGUGAGUCGUCGAGAGUCGAGAAGCAAAUCGAAGGAAAAGGUGGCGGAGGCAAAGCCGAGUGAGGAAACGAAAGAGGAGUCAGCGAAGAGCCGGGACAGUUCACCGGAGGUCAUUCCGGUGAUUCCGAGUCCGGAAACGUUGUGCAUAUCUUCGGAUUCGGAAGAGGAGAAGGAGCGCAAGCGGAAGGCUUCCAUUUUCGUUGAUAACAUAGAGGAGCUGGACCGGCAGGCCAAGGAGAAGGCUAAACAACUGGAGGCGAAGAAGGCGCAAGAAGAAAACGACGACACUGAAGAGGGCGAGAUAUCGGAGGGGGAGCGGUCACGGAAGGAAUCGAUCGGUAGCGUUAAAGCGAGCGAGGAGAAAAGGGAUUCCCCUAGGAAGGACGCCAAGUUGGACAACGAAGAAGAGCUCGACUACGACGAAGUGAAAGAGCUAUCCGACUCGGAACCAGACACGAGCGUUCCAGCAAUUCAACCCGACAAACAACCGGAACCGAAAGCAACCUCCGCCGAUGAAAAGGCCAGCGUCUCGAGCGACAGCGAAGCGGAAAGUAGCAGCGACAGCAGCAGCGAAGGCGAACCGGAAGUCGUCAAACAGCAGCCAGACAAGAAAAAACCUGCUGACGAAAUCGAAGACGACGACGAGGACGACGACCCGGAUAUCGUGGAGAUUCACGACUCGGACGACGAAACGCUGCUCGAUCAGAAGCUAGCGGAAGAUGGAGACGAGCCGGAAAAGUCGUGGGGCUCGCGCUGGCUCGAGAGCAACCGGGUGGCCAAGGUGAUGGCGGCCUCCCGGCUGGGCAACAAGGUGCGCGACAAGCUCAAGAAAAAGAAGAAAAAGCAAAAGCAGGACGAGGAGGACGCGGUGGCGGCGGCGGCAGCCGAAGCAGUAAGGCAAGCCGAGGAAAAGGAAGCCGAAGCGAAGGCGGCGGAGGAGCAGCAGCCGGUGUCGACGGCGGAGGUCGGCUCCGUUGAGCACUACAAUGAGCUGUUGUCCAAGGUGGGGCCAGCGGAGACGGCGGCGGCAAAAGAGGGAGAUAAGGGCGAGGCGGAGAAGGCGGAAUGAGGAGGAGGUGAGUACGUACGACAGUAUUCCUUUACUUCAUGGAAAUGUAAUCUGAUGGAAAUUAUGGA